AUGUCGUGGCUGAAAAAGCAUAAUCCCCAAAUAUCAUGGGAAAAACAUACACUUGUUUUCAACUCGUUAUAUUGUUCCAAUAAUUGCCUAUCCAUACCUGCUGUGUUAGAACUCAAAGCAAUAGAAGAAAUCCCCGCUCCUUACCAAGAAUUCUCUAGAGUAUUUUCAGAAGAAGAAUUGUCCCAGUUGCCACCCCACCGUCCUUACAAUAUUGCCAUUGAGUUACUCCCUGACGCAAAACCCCAACAUGGCCCCAUAUAUAGUCUAGGCCCCAGGGAAGAUGCUGAACUUAGAGAAACUAUUGAAAAGCAGCUGAAAGCGGGUUUGAUUUGUCCAUCCAAAUCUCCCAUGGCUUCUCCAAUAUUAUUUGUCAAAAAGAAAAACGGAAAAUUACGCAUGUGUGUAGAUUAUCGACAAUUAAACAGCAUGACCAAGAAGAACGCCUAUCCCCUGCCUUUACCACAAAAUCUUAUUGAGAAACUACAAGGUGCUAAGAUUUUCAGUAAAUUUGAUCUCAAGGCAGGAUACAAUUUAGUUAGAAUCAAGGAAGGCAAUGAAUGGAAAACCGCUUUCAAAACUAAAUACGGAUUAUUCGAAUACUUGGUUAUGCCUUUUGGAUUGACAAAUGCGCCAGCGGCUUUUCAAGACAUGAUGAAUGAAAUAUUCCGGGAUCUUUUGGAUGUUUAUGUCAUCAUUUACUUAGACGACAUUCUAGUUUUCUCUCUAAAUGAAAAGGAUCAUGAAACCCAUGUACGGGAAGUGCUCAAGAGACUACAGGACAACAACCUUUUCUGCAAUAUUGAAAAAUGCCAUUUCCACGCCAAGAAAAUCAAUUACUUAGGGUUUAUUAUAUCCAAAUUUGGCAUAGAAGUAGAUCAGUCUAAAGUUACAGACGCUAUGAACUGGUCAACACCUAAGAAUGUCAAGAACAUCCAAGAAUUCUUAGGAUUUGUAAACUUUUAUAGGCGAUUUAUCCCUAAUUUUGGCAACAUGGCACGGCCUUUGUAUAAUUUGCUCAAGAAAGACAGUCAAUGGAAAUGGGAACAAGCAGAACAGCAAUCCUUUGAUAAUCUGAAGAAAUGCCUUACAUCAGCCCCCCUCCUUUUACAACCAGAUACAACAAAACAAUUCUACGUAGAAUGCAAUGCAUCCAAUUAUGCAACAGGAGCCAUACUAUCCCAACGCAAUUCUGAAGAAAAAUUGGCCCCUGUGGCAUACUUGUCAAAAUCCCUGUCCCCGGCUGAGAAAAACUACAAUAUUUUCGACAAGGAAUUACUAGUGGUCAUUAGGGCAUUUAAGGAAUGGCGCCAUUUACUGGAAGGAUCAGAGUUACCAGUCCAAGUUCUGACAGAUCAUAAGAAUUUGGAAUACUUUUCUACGUCACAAUCCCUGAACAAACACUACAAUUUCCAAAUCAUCUACAGACCAGGAGCACAAAAUAAGAAGGCAGAUAUCCUCUCUAGACGCUAUGAUCUAGUACCCCUUGAAGGGGGGGUAGAGAACCAAGUUCUCUUGAAACCAGAACUUUUCAUCUCAUCAAUCACCCCAGAUCAGGAAAUUAACGACCUGAUUGGUGAAGCAAUCUAUGAGGAUGAGCGUCUUAAAGAGAUCUUGUACAAGCUCCAGAACAAGAAUAAAGUAGUCGACUGGGAGUUAAAAGAGGGAUUACUAUGGUUUCAAGGGAAAAUAUUUGUACCUAAGGAUGAUACUAUCAGGAACCUUAUUCUAGAGUCCAGACAUGACGCUUUAGCAGCAGGGCAUCCAGGACAGGCCAGAACAUUGGAACUUGUCUCCCAAAAUUAUUACUGGCCUUCCCUGAAGAAAUUUGUCAACUCUUAUGUCAACCAUUGUGAAACCUGCAUUCGGUCCAAACCUACAAAUCAAGUACCUAUAGGUCUAUUAAAGCCAUUACAAAUUCCUGAACGUCCUUGGGAAGAUAUAGCAUACAAUAUGAUUGUAGGAUUACCAGUAUCAGAAGGGUUUGACACUAUCCUCACUGUCAUUGACCGGUUCUCAAAAAUGGUACAUUUCAUUCCCACUCAAUCCACAGCGUCUGCUAUCGACAUUGCCAAUUUGUUCAUCACAUACGUAUGGAAAUUACACGGUCUACCUAGGAGUACAGUCUCAGAUAGAGGUCCCACUUUUAAUGCCAAGUUCAUUUGUCACUUAUAUAAAAGGUUGGACAUCAAGCCCACAUACUCUACAGCCUACCAUCCGCAAACAGAUGGGCAGACAGAACGGAUACAAAGAGAGGCUGAAAUCUUCAUUCGAAUGUUUGGGAAUCACCAACAAUUGGACUGGGUAUCAUUACUCCCUAUAGCCGAGUUUGCCCUUAAUAACUUAAAGCAAUCUUCCACGGGUAAAUCCCCUUUCCAAAUAUGUUACGGAGUAAAUCCACAAUUCUCUGUGGGUCAAAAAUCAGAUGAAUCCGUUCCCAAUGCAGACGAACAUGCAGAAUUCCUGGAAAAAGGCUACGAUGAAGUCAAAGCAUCACUCUCAUUGUCACAAGAAAGGAUGAAACAUUUCUACGACCAACGUCACAGGGAGGAAGAAGAAAUUCAAGUAGGAGAUAAGGUCUGGUUAAGCCAUCAAAAUAUAUCCACCAACAGACCGUCCAUUAAACUUAGCCAUAAAAAGUUAGGACCCUACUUAGUAAUUGAAAAAAUUGGUUUGCAUGCGUAUAAAUUACAACUACCCCAUACUAUGCGCAUACAUCCAGUCUUUCAUAUCAAUCUUCUAACAAAGUUCCACCCCAAUCCUCACGGACGUGAUCCUCCUCAACCUGCACCAAUCAUCACAGAAGAAGGUGAAGAGGAAUAUGAAGUAGAAAAAAUCCUAGAUAGCAAGUGGAAAGGACGAGGGAAAACAAAGAAGUUAUGGUACCUGGUCAAAUGGAAAGGAUAUGAUGAAGGAAGUAAUUCAUGGGAGCCAAUAGACAAUGUGGGAAAUGCUCAAGAAAUCCUAGAAGAAUUUCACAAGGAACACCCUGACGCAGUUGGAGCUUGA